UGUACGGCCAGUCAGUCGGUCACUCUGUAAAUGCUUGGAGUUGUACUUAAGAAUCGAUCUCAUCACACAAGUAUCGAUCAAUACCCAAUACCAACGUUAGUAUCGAUAUUUUAGAUCGAUCCGCCCAGCCCUAAUUCAAACUAUAGGAACACGGAAGUAGCAACUGUUUGGACGAGAAUGCACGUCAGUGGUACCUCCCAAGUACGCACUUCUUGGCACGAGAAACGAGUCCUUGCAGGAAGUCGAAGUAUAUGGAGAGAUAUGGGCGUGAUUUGUAGCUGGAUCGUUGUUGUUUCCUGACCUGCUGUAAGUGUCCGUUAUCAGAGGUUAGUGUUUCUUUAUCCAUCAGUAACUCAGCAACAGCUGCGAGCGUCUAAGAGAAAUCUAGAUAGACUGGACACUUAUAGUUAAUCUAAGUAGGUGAGAUGUCAGGCUUCUGUGGUCUGCUGACUUCCCAGAGAGAAGCAGUUCCUCUGAAGAGCAUCGAGGUGGAGGUGGAGGUGAGGGACCAUGUGGCUACAGUGGUCUCCACUCUAAACUACGAGAACAAUGAGGACAAACCAAUCGAGGCUGUUUUUGUCUUUCCUCUGCCUGGAGACGCUGCUGUCUGUCAUUUCAGUGCCAAGAUUGGUCAGACACAGAUCGUAGCUGAGGUGAAGGAGAAACAGCAGGCUCGUGAGGAGUAUGAUGAUGCUCUGAGCUCUGGUCAGCAAGCCUUUUUAUUGGAGGAGAGUGAGCAGAGUCCAGAUAUAUUCACUCUGAGUGUGGGCAGUCUGCCUGCAGGAGAGAGCGCCUCCAUCAGGCUGGAGUAUGUCACUGAGCUGGCUGUGCAGGCCGAUGAUGGGCUGAGGUUUUGUCUGCCUGUUGUGCUCAACCCUCGCUAUCAACCUCAAGGCAGUGACGGUGCCAGCGUCCAGGUGACCUCUGUUCCAGCCUCUCUGGUGCCCAAGAGUCUGUCUCUCUCUGCCCGAGUGUCCUCUCCUCGUCCAAUCUGUAAAGUAGAGUCCAGCUGUUCCCUGGACCCUCUGCAGUACCUGAACACAGAGCAGACCCAGGCCACUGUCAAGUUGGCUGAAGGACACAAGUUUGACAGAGAUGUUGAGCUGCUGAUUUAUUACAAAGAUGCUCACCAGCCCACUGCUGUGGUGGAGGCAGGACAGGCGUCUGCAGAACCUGGGACUCUGAUGGGCGAUCCAGUAGUGAUGCUGAGCCUGUACCCCGAGUUCCCCCAGUCUAUGACGUCUUCACUCGCCUCAUGUGGAGAGUUUGUGUUCUUACUUGAUCGGUCUGGAAGUAUGGAUUAUUCCAUCAAUAACAUCAUGCGUCAAGAAACUCGAAUUGGCAGUGCAAGGGAUACUCUACUGCUCCUGUUGAAGAGCUUACCAAUGGGCUGCUACUUCAACAUCUACAGCUUUGGCUCCAACUAUGAACACAUCUUCCCUAACAGUGUGGAGUACAACCAGAAGACAAUGGCAAAGGCACUGAAGAAAGUUGAGGAGAUGGAUGCAGAUCUUGGAGGAACAGAAAUCCUGGAGCCCCUCGAACAUAUUUACAGUUGUCCCAUCAUUCCUAAUCAUCCUAGACAGAUCUUUGUCUUUACUGAUGGACAGGUGUCCAAUACCAAAAAAGUGAUAGAUCUGGUGAAGCAGAAUUCAGACUCCCACAGGUGUUUCUCUUUUGGGAUUGGAGAAGGAGCCAGCUCUGCUCUUAUCAAUGGGUUGGCCAAGGAAGGAGGAGGUCACGCUCAGUUCAUCACAGGGACUGACAGGAUGCAACCUAAAGUGAUGCAGUCACUGCGAUAUUCUCUGCAGCCAUCAGUGAAGGACAUCUCAGUCACAUGGGAUCUGCCACAGGGAGUGUCUGUCACUGAUCUCUCUCCACCAAUUACAGCACUAUUCCAUGGUCAAAGGUCACUGAUUUAUGCCCAGCUCACUGGGGAGAGCUCAGAGGCAGCAGAGGGCAGUGUAACACUGAAGUACACUUUGGCAGGUCAUCUUUCUCAGAACCAGCUGCACUUUAGUCUCAAACCUACAGAGGACACGGGAUUAACCCUGCACAGGUUGGGUGCUCGGAGUCUGAUUCGCUCCCUGGAGAUUAAUUUCAGGGGGCAGCCAAAUGAGGGAGUGGAGAGGAAGAUGGUUGAGCUUAGUGUCCAGUCAGGAGUCAGCAGCUCCCUCACUGCUUUUAUUGUGGUCCACAAAGACAGUAGUGAGCCGAUUAAAGGACCUCUGCUGUAUGUAGUAGAUAAUCCAGCAAGCUGUAUCAAUGCCAGUUGUGGCUUAUUUGAUAGCUCUGAUGAUUAUUCACGCAUCAGCAAAAUAGGAAGGACCGUGAACAAGAAAGUAAAAUCAGUUUUUAGCAGAGUUGGCAGCUACUUAAAGCUCAGUCGGAGGGCCUCGCCUCCGAGAAAAGAAAUGUCUCAAUGUAGUGCUGCUAUCGUCAAACCCGAGGAGACACUCAAAGACCCUUUGCUGCAGUUGGUUUCCCUACAGGAGGCGCGUGGCUGCUGGCUGCUUGAUCCGAUGUUGGCAGCUGCUCUGGGAAAGACCAGCAAGGAGCUGGAAAACAGAAAGCCCUCCAUGGUAAAACAGGAAGUGUGGGCCACCAUUUUGGCUCUGAUCUGGCUUCAUGGUUUCAAGAUGGAUAUGAAAGAAGAGUGGGAACUUCUGGCUCUUAAGGCUGUGUCAUGGCUCCGUGCUCAGAAUGCACCAUGUGUGGCAGAGUGUGUGGAAGCUGGAAAUGCGCUGUUGGGUUGUGAGGUGCAGAAAGAUCUAGUUGGGCUCUGAGGUUUUCAUUUCAACUAGUGAUUGAGAACAUUAACUCCUCUUGAAAAUGUGUACUGAUUUUAUAUAUUAUACGUGAUAAUCAGGCUCAUUUAUUACUAUAUAUUAUUACUUCCUGGUUGUCCUCAAUGAACAUACCACAAGACUAUCUCUUUUUUAUGUUUUUAUAUACAGUCUGUGUUGUAAUCGUGGAAUAGCUUAAGUCUAAAUUGCAGAAUACGACUACUUUUUAAGGUUGAAUAGAUACUUCAUGAAAACACAUGAAAGUGUGUAGUAGCACUAGCGAAGUGAGAGUGUCAACCAGAGGCAGUGCCAGGAUUGAGAUCGUGGGUGGGCCUUGAGAUCACUGUCUGGGCACCAUGCGCAUGAAAUACAAGUGUCCCUGUGUAUUAUCUCUGCCUGCAGUGCUGACAGAGAUAAUGCAACUUUGUGGCUUGUGUCACUCGCUGUCCAUGGUGCUGAAGUGGACAGAGACCUUGACCUUAACCUUAACUCGUUUUUUCUCUGUAACACUCACUACACUACACAAAAUCAAAGUCCAAAACCCGGAAAAACAUAAUUCUUUGUCCAUUGAUUUAACCAGUGUAAUGUAGGUAAUGUCUUUAAAGAGCAGCAAAACAAUUAGACAAAGCUGCUGAAACAGCACCGAAAAAAAAAAAAUCCUCAGAAGAAUUAGGCUAUACAUGAAAAAGGGAAUGAUGGGAGGGUGGGCUGGGUGGCAGGCUCAUCUUUAGAUGACAGGUCUUGAGGAUCCGGUUGCUGCACAACCCUGCCACAUAUAACACAAAACUCUAUAAUAAAUGCACAACCUCUGCUGCUGUAGGCUUUUAUUUUUCUACCUACUUAACCUAUUUGCCUUUAUAUUGCUGCUGCUGUGAAUUAUCUUGCCGGUACAACAGCAGUUACGGCAGUUUCCACCUACUUCUUCAUGCUGUGCUUUUUUUAAAACUAAAAUUAGUUAAGCAGAUUUUGCUUACUUUGUUUUGACAGCAUUAUAUCGUGUAUAAUCGCUAACUAGCCUCAGAUUAUGCGCCUGGUUGAAAUCGGCAGUCUAUGGUUGACACUACUACUCGCGGGAAAACGAACUUGUUAAUUUCACAUUAACAUGCCUGUAAUGAUGCAGCCAAUAAGAGUCAACACACGUGGGGGAGAAGGAUUUUUGACUCAGGUUAGAUGAACAGUGUUAAUGUUAGAUUUAAAAGAGUCUUCUGAUUGGCCGGUCCUCUUAUGAAAGGCUAUCUUAUGGCACGUGGUGCCACAUCAUUUGUGGACUUCACAGACCUAGGUAUCUUUGUUUAGUUGUUAUUCUAUAUAAUUUUCUUUUUAGAUGUAUAACAUUCAGAAAGACAAGGCCAAAACAAUGUCUGUGGACAAGAGUCCUUUGAGUCCACUUGUUGCACCAGGUCUAACGCCACCUUACCUCCAAUACCGCUUGUGCUACAGUGACUUAACACGUUGAAUUAUUGAUGGAGUGCUACGAAAAGUCCUUAUGUCGGGUCUAUUUUGUGCUUUUUUACUCUUGCUAUAAUUGCACUGCACUUUGUCCGUCAAACAUACAGCCACAUUAUUAUUAUUAUUAUUAUUAUUAUUUUUUAUCUGAAACUGAGGUUUAAACUAGACCCAUAUAAGUAUAUGAUUGAUUAAAUUAAUUUCUAUUUAAAACACUGGACUAUGUCAACCCUUCACCACUGUAUUUCAAAAGCUGAAUAAUGAGUCUUUAUGCACCUUAAGUUAGCACGACUCAUUUUAGUCAUGCUAGUAACACUUAACACUGUUUGUUGCACCGCAGUGAUAAUGUACAGUCUCUUGCGGGAGGGAGUUUGAACUCAUUUUGUUUUAUUAAUCCCCUUAGGGAAAGUAUUCCUCUGCAUUUGACCCAUCCUAGAAUUAGGAGCAGUGGGCUGCCACACUGAGUAGCGCCCGGGGAGCAUUGGGGGUUGGGUACCUUGCUCAGGGGUACCCUAGCCCUUUUUUAGCCGGGUGGUGAUUUGAACCAGCGAUCUUCCGGUUACAAGUCAAGUUCCAUUUCCACUUGGCCAUGGGCUACCAUACUUGGCCAUGGGCUGCCAUUAUCAGCUUCUCUUUUUUCAUUUUGUAUGAAAUAUUGCUCAAAUGUUCUUAAAAAGUAUUUUACUUGUUCCUUUGUAUGUUGUGUAUUGUGGCACAUUUGUAUAUGCAGUCUUGUGGCUAUAAGUAAAACCUUAAAUCUC